GGCGGCCAAUGUGGGGCGGGAGCGAGAAUGCGCGUGCGCGGCCGCCCUUCCCCCUUCCUUUCUGUGUCCCCUCCCCGCCCGCCGCAGUCCUUGCCUUCCGGGUCGCUAGACCCCGAUUCCCGGGUCUGUCCUUCUCGUUCUCAACUCCUGCGGUGCCCCGAGUUUUACCCAGCUCCUGCCGAGUUCACUGUGAUGCUGAGUCGAAUGCCACGACUGUUCUUCAGCCACUCGUGGGGGAUGCCGGGCUGGCAUGGUGCUCACUGUUGGGAGCUGAAAGUGCUGACAGCAUUGGUGCUGUAUUAAAUAGCAAAGAUGAGCAGAGAGAAAUUGCUGAAACAAGAGAAACUUGCAGGGCUUCCUAUGAUACCUCUGCUCCAAAUGCAAAGCGUAAGUAUUUGGAUGAAGGAGAGACAGAUGAAGACAAAAUGGAAGAAUAUAAGGAUGAACUAGAAAUGCAACAGGAGGAAGAAAAUUUGCCAUAUGAAGAAGAGAUUUAUAAAGAUUCUAGUACUUUUCUUAAGGGAACACAGAGUUUAAAUCCUCAUAAUGAUUACUGCCAACAUUUUGUAGACACUGGACAUAGGCCUCAGAAUUUCAUCAGGGAUGUAGGUUUAGCUGACAGAUUUGAAGAAUACCCUAAGCUAAGGGAACUCAUCAGGCUAAAGGAUGAGUUAAUAGCUAAAUCUAACACUCCUCCUAUGUAUUUACAAGCAGAUAUAGAAGCCUUUGACAUCAGAGAACUAACACCCAAAUUUGAUGUGAUUCUUCUGGAACCCCCUUUGGAAGAAUAUUACCGAGAGACUGGCAUCACCGCUAAUGAAAAGUGCUGGACUUGGGAUGAUAUUAUGAAGUUAGAAAUUGAUGAGAUUGCAGCACCGCGGUCAUUUAUUUUUCUCUGGUGUGGUUCUGGGGAGGGAUUGGACCUUGGAAGAGUGUGUUUACGAAAGUGGGGUUACAGAAGAUGUGAAGAUAUUUGUUGGAUUAAAACCAAUAAAAACAAUCCUGGGAAGACUAAGACUUUAGAUCCAAAGGCUGUCUUUCAGAGAACAAAGGAGCACUGCCUCAUGGGGAUCAAAGGCACCGUGAAGCGCAGCACGGACGGGGACUUCAUUCAUGCUAAUGUUGACAUUGACUUAAUUAUCACAGAAGAACCUGAAAUUGGCAAUAUAGAAAAACCUGUAGAAAUUUUUCAUAUAAUUGAGCAUUUUUGUCUUGGGAGAAGACGCCUUCAUCUAUUUGGAAGAGACAGUACAAUUAGACCAGGUUGGCUCACAGUGGGACCAACGCUCACAAACAGCAACUACAAUGCAGAGACAUACGCGUCCUACUUCAGUGCCCCGAACUCCUACCUGACUGGAUGUACAGAAGAAAUUGAGAGACUUCGACCCAAAUCCCCUCCUCCCAAAUCUAAAUCUGACCGGGGAGGUGGAGCGCCCAGAGGCGGAGGACGAGGUGGAACUUCCGCUGGCCGUGGUCGAGAAAGAAACCGCUCUAACUUCCGAGGAGAAAGGGGUGGUUUUAGAGGGGGCCGUGGGGGAGCACACAGAGGCGGCUUUCCACCUCGAUAGUUGUGGACACGUUGAUCCUGAUAAUGCCCCUCUAACCUUCUUUAUUGUAGUUUGCAUUUCAAGUGGGAAACUUACUUUAGAGCACAAAUCAAGCUUGCACCUUUGCUUUGGUUUCUCUGAACUGCAGGACUAUCUUAGUCAACCUCCCUGGCACUUGUCACACACCGUCUAGUUCUGUUCAGGAUAAAUGAGUAUUCGGCCUUUUGUCAUGUGCAUGAGCAGAAUGGAACGCUAGUAACUUCAUCUCCAGAGACUGACUCUGGUCUGACAGAUUCCAACUAAUGACAGAGGUUUUGGUUUUUAGAAGUAGUUGAAGGGGGAGAAGAUCCCAUCUGCGGUAUCGCGCUAGUGCCCUCGGGGUUGGUAACGCACUUCCUGCCGCUGCUGUCAAAUGUGGGGAGCCGUCCUGGAGCCUUGACAGAGUGGAGUUGGGACAGAUGGUUGUUAGGCAGUAGCCUUUGCCAGGCCCCUAGGGAGAUAAAGGAGUGGAAUGCAAAAGGGGAGCUUGCAUUCCUUCCUGCCCCCGCCACCCCUACAAGGACAAGUCUGUCCCUCUCUCUCCUGAUAAGGAGAGUGACAGUGCCGGGGCUGCAGGGUAGAUGUGACUGAGGCAGGGGUCCUAGGAGCUGGUGGUUUGAAAAAGAAUUUAUUACAAGUGACUGUUCCCGUCCAGUUACUCCCCCCCAGAAAAACCCUCUAUUAAACCCACCGCUCUCCCCUUCCGGGGGUGGACGCCUUUUUCGACCUCCACCCACGAUGCUCAAAUAAACAGCAUUUUGCUAAA